AUGGGCACGGGCACGGGCACGGCCAGCUCUUUACACGAAGGCCCCUACGAAGGCCCCGCGAAACGCAAGAAACGGCAACAGGGAGUCCCCCCGCAACGCUGCUACCGCGGAAAAGCGACGGCGCCCCAAAACCCUUCCGACUGUGGAGACCCUCCCCAGCCCGUGACACAGGCCUCGGCCACGCCACCGCAGCUCUCAACUCCGCAUUCUACACACGAGGCGCCGCGCACACCACCCCGCACCGCGACAGGCGCCGGAGAACAAAAGGCUAACGAGCCCCGCCGCGGAAGCAGCCGCGAGCGGCAGACCUGCAGGGCCGGGCCGGUCGAGAACACCGAGGGGCGCGGCAAGUGUCCCCAAAGGCGCGAGCACCCCUCGCCGGCUCCGCCCGGGACGCCCCUCGGCAGCCACGGCCACCGCGUCCCUGCCUUCCCGAGGGAGGACUCCGCGCCUCCGGUGCCGCCCGGGGUCCCCCGGGGGUCCUGCCCGCUGGCUGUGGGGGCGCCCGACACACUCACCUCCUCAAGCAAGCGCGCCCGAGUUCGAACGCCGCGCGGCGGCUCGCAGGAAGUGACGCUCCUCCGGGAGGCGGUGCUUCCGGGGAGGCGGGCCUCUGUGGAGGAUUCUCGUCGGGGUAGGAAACCUUUGCGCGGCAUCCACAUGGGGUGGUCCCGGGCCCCGGGCGCCCUUCAGGGCUUCCCGAUCGUCCGUUCCUGCCUGGCGGGAACUCCUCUGGGCCGCUGGGGCUGCCGAGGGCUGGCUGCCAGGGGCCGGCGGAGCCCUGGGCGGCGUGGGGCGCCGCGGGGGGCUGUGUGGGUGCUGGCCGGGGCCGCCCAGUGCGCCCCCCGAUGGGAGCCCCCUCUCCGCGGGUCCUCAGGGAGAUCGGGCGCCCUCCCGGUGGGCGGGGUGGCCCCCCAGACCCUGGCUGGGUUUCUGGGGUAUCUGCUGGAGCCAGUGUCUCUUGGGGUGAUCACGCCUGUGGGGGGUGUUGUGAGAGGUUCAGAAAGUUCUCUUGGAAAAACGCGUGUGUCCCGUGGCCCGAUGGGCACCGCAGCAAACGCCGAGUCCUGGCCGAGGGAGCCCGCGCUGCCCAGUGGUCGAGGCCAGCGGUGCAGAGGACCGUUUGGGUGCGGGCUGCCCCUUCGGGUCCCCGAGGGGCGACCUGACAGCCGCGCCGGCCUUGAAUACGUGUUGGUGUGCACUUCGCUUUCUUUGUGA